AUGAGAGUAAAUCAACACCCAACUUAGCUGGCCACUCGUUUUUAUGUUUUCUUUCCUCCCUUUUCUCUUUCUGCUCUUCGCUGCCUUCGUCCCUCGGUUUGUAGAGGGAUUUUCUCGGGAAAGUUUGAGACUUUAGCAAGUGGGGUGGGGAAAUUUUUCGCAGGGGAGGCGAUUGGUGGCUGAUUUGGGCGCAACCCGAUUCUCUGUGGCCUGACAGAUUCUGGGUUCUUCGGAUUUGAGUCAAAGGAGAAACCCCAUUUGAAUUUAAGAACAAGAAUCGGAUGAAAUUUUGGCGAUUGGGGGCUUUUGAUUUUGAUUUUGUUUCUCAAUACCUGUUUUAGACGCGUGGCUUUUGCAAUUUGCUUCGACAACUCUGUUAAUGCUGGCGUCACUGCCUUUUUCAACGAUAAUCUCUUGACGUCUAUUGGGUGGGUCUUUUUCCAUUUCUUUAACAGAUCGCCUAAGAAAAAUUUCCACACCGUUGAGAUCUGCUGCUUUCCGAUUGGUUCUUCAGUCAAAGAUGAUGAAAAUGAAGACGAAAACGACAGGGCUGUCUCAGAUUAAGGGUAGUUCCGCAGUCGGUGACGGUGGUGGAGACGGUCAGCUGAUGGAUUGGGAAUUACGGCCAGGGGGAAUGCUUGUUCAGAAGAGAAACGCUGAUUCCGACCGGGAAUCAACUCCGGCGCCGCCGACGAUUAGAGUUAGAGUCAAAUACGGCUCUAAUUACCACGAACUUAGUAUCAGUUCACAAGCCACAUUUGUUGCAGGGGAGUUGAAGAAGAUGUUGGUCGGACCGACAGGAUUGCACCAUCAAGAUCAGAAGCUGUUCUUCAAGAAAAAAGAGAGAGAUUCAAAGGCGUUUCUGGACAUUUCUGGAGUGAAAAACAAAUCAAAGAUUGUUGUAAUGGAAGACCCAAUUAGCCAAGAAAGAAGGUAUGUUGAGAUGAGGAAGAACGCCAAAAUGGAGAAAGCUUCAAAAUCUAUAUCAGAAAUCAGCUUGGAAGUUGAUAAACUUGCAGGACAGGUUUCUGCAUUGGAAUCUGUGAUUUGUAAAGGUGGGAAGGUUGCUGAGAAUAAUGUGUUGAAUUUGAUUGAUUUGUUGAUGAAUGAAUUGCUUAAAUUGGAUGCCAUUAUGGGAGAUGGAGAUGUCAAAUUGCAGAGGAAAAUGCAGGUAAAAAGAGUGCAAAAAUAUGUUGAAACUCUUGAUUUGUUGAAGAUUAAGAACUCCAUGGCUACAAUUCAAACACAAACUCACAACACCACCAACAAUUCUAAUCAUCAAAGACAAACAAGUAGGCCUUCCUUCGCAAACAACAAACUAUCAACAAUUCAAGAGGAGCAGCAGCAGCCCCGCGACGACCUUAUCGACCUCGACGAUUCUCUACAAUGUCAGCAAUCUCCUCCGCAUUCGACGAGGUCGACGGUGUCCUCCGGUACUGUGGUGACAACAAAAUGGGAGAUAUUCGAUUCGUCCUCAUCGGUUGCACCCGCCGAGCAUCCCGUCCCACCGCCGAGGUUCAACUGGGAAUUCUUCGAUUGAGAGAGAGAGGCAGUAGAUUUCGUGAGGCUGUGUGAUUUGAAUUCAGAUUUAGGUGGCUUGGUCCCUUAUGAUAAUAUGAGGAGCCUUUUGAUUCUUUAGUGUAUUUAGAUGGAAAUUUAGAGUGACACCUCCCUCUUCAGGAAAUAAAUGGAUCAUCACUUCUGUUCUUUAUUUUUUGUUUGGCAUUUUGGAGUUCAUUCUCCCUCUCCCCCAUUUGUAUCCUCUUCCUUUUUCACCUUAUAAAACAACACAUCUCUACCA